CUGAGCGAACAUCAAACCCAGGAAGUACAUUUAUUCCACCGCUGCUUCUAGUGCAGAGUAAUUGCCAGCCUAUGUACAUUUCAGCAGCCGAGGCAGCCCCGGCUUGUUAGACAGUAGCGGCACCAUUGACAAACGCCAAGCGAGCAUGUUUCGAAGAAAACGCAGCGUUUCCUUCGGGGGAUUCGGCUGGAUCGAUAAGUCGACUUUGGCUGCCUUGAGACAGAGGAAGCAAGAGAUGGCCAACGGAGCUGAGACGAGCACAAUGAAACCUCACCUCUCGCCCCCUCACACCGCUCCCCCAUCCACGAGGUCUGCAGAGUUCUUCGAGAUGCUGGAGAAGCAGACUCUGAAGAUGGAUGAACAGAAGCUCAAGGGCAACAGGCAAAAGGAUGAUUACAUACCAUAUCCCAGUAUCGAUGAGGUAAUAGAGAAAGAGGGGCCUUUCCAGUCGGUCAUCCUGCCUCAGUUUGGGGGGUACUGGAUCGAAGGCGUCGAGACUGCCAUCACCCCGACCUCUUCAGAGAGCAGCUUGUUCGAGGAGGAUCUGAUUGAGAAUCUCAGUCCCACCACGUUUGGCUACAAACUGGAAUGUAACAGCACGGCCAGGGCCUACAGGAAGCACUUCCUCCACAAGGAUCAUUUGAAUUUCUACACCUCGUGCAGUGUCCAUGGCAACCUGAUAGUUUCCAUCAAACAUGAAGAUUGUGAAGCCCAAGAAUAUCUACAGAUAAUCCUCAGGUCCAAAUCCAAAACAAUUCACGAGCGGCUCCCUCUGGCUGGAGUUCCACAACUGCCAAGCAUACCACUUAUUGCAAAGCUCCUGUGUGAUGACGUGACCAGCACAAAAUUCUCUCCUGUACUUUACCCAAAGGCAUCCCAGCUAAUAGUCGAAUAUGAUGAACAUGAGAUCAAUGACAAGUUCAAGUUCGGGGUGAUUUAUCAGAAGGGCAGGCAGACGACAGAAGCAGAACUAUUCGGCAACAAUGAUGAAAGCCCAGAAUUUAAAGAAUUCCUUCACUUGCUUGGAGACACAGUGGUGCUCCAGGAUUUCAAAGGCUUCCGUGGAGGCCUUGAUGUGGCGCAUGGCCAGACCGGGUCUGAGUCCGUCUACACCGUCUUCAAGGACCGAGAGAUAAUGUUCCACGUCUCCACAAAGUUGCCGUUCACAGAGGGAGACACGCAGCAGCUGCAGCGGAAGCGGCACAUCGGGAAUGAUAUUGUGGCCCUUGUGUUUCAAGAGGAAAACACUCCGUUCGUUCCUGACAUGAUCGCCUCAAACUUCCUUCACGCCUACAUCGUGGUGCAGCUCGAGUCCGCCGUGGAGAGUGAGACAACGUACAAGGUUUCGGUCACUGCUCGUGAAGGUGUCCGCCGAUUUGGGCCCCCGUUACCGAGCCCAGCGCUCUUCAAGAAGGGCCCGGAGUUCAGAGAGUUUCUGCUGACUAAACUCAUCAACGCAGAGUCGGCCUGCUACAAGUCGGAGAAGUUUGCAAAGCUGGAGAACCGCACGCGGGCAGCGCUACUCGACAACCUGUACGAGGACCUCCACAACCAAUCACAGGCCAUGUUGGGGCUGGGUCCUGACGAAGAAAAGAUGGAGAAUGACAGUCAUGGAGGCUUCCUGGAGUCCUUCAAGAGGGCGAUUCGCGUGCGGAGCCACUCAAUGGAGACGAUGGUGACAAGCCACAAGAAGCAUCACAGCGGGGGUCUACCAGGCAGCCAGAGUGGGGGCAUCCCACACAGCGCCAUUGAGAUCAUCAAACACCCUCCUAAUCAAGUCAAGCUUCUGAAGAGCCCGGUGAAAAGGAGGUCGGCUCUCUUCCUGAGAACCCACGGCAGCUCGGACGGCCAGCUGGAUGGCAGACCCCGCUGUGAGAGUCUGUCGAGCUUGUCAAAGACUCCUGAGAGUGGCCAGAUAUCGCCGGACAUCAAGUGGGAAACAUCGUCUAACCCCAGCUCGCCUGAAAUGGGCCCCAACAAGGAGAGCAGGGCCUACUUCAAGCGGCGGGAGAACGGCCGGGCCAACAUCUCACGCUCCUCCUCCAGCACCAGCAGCUUCAGCAGCACGGCGGGCGAGAGUGAGGCAAUGGAGGAAUACGACACCAGCGCUGGAAGCCAGCCAUCCACAGCAUCCCCUUUCCGACAGGAUGUCUUUGUGUACAGCAGUGAAAGCCAGAGCAACUCGGGUCAAGUCAGCUCGUGUAAGAGCCCCACAGACUCAACAAAGUGUAAAACCUCUCCGAGAAAUACUUUGAAAUUGCGAUUUGAGAAACUCCAGCAGAGCUCAAACCCAAUGCUGGGACCUUACCCUUCACCGCAGAUGUAACUGAAGCCGGCACAGACACUCAAGCGCCCCACCCCCACCCACAUCGUACGCCGCACCCACCCCUCCCGUAUCUGAGGCACCCCAGGGUGGAGGGAGAUGGUCGGGACGACGGGCCUCAGAGGUGCCCUUGUCUGAGGGGUUCCAGUUGCCCUGGCCCUUCACCUGCAGAGCGAAAACCAUCUCAGCACCAUCGUUGGAGGCGUGUUGAUCCAUCGGCAUAGGCACCUUGCAAGAUGCAUAAGUAGAAGAUAAGCAUUGGAUGUGUGGCCUGGGUCACCAUUAAUCUUUCCGAUAGCUUCCCUUGGCUUUCUUGUAACCUUCUGGGAUCCACGUUUUCUUUUUGGGAACUUGGGACUGCAUGGAUUUCCUUCUCGGAGUCUGGAGAUGGGCUACGAUGGGAUGGAUCUUGAAGCGUCUCGAAUGGCGAGCCAUCUCCGAGAAGCUCCGGGGGGGGAGGCUGCCCGCGUUCCCGUCCCUCCCUCCCUCCCUCGCUCUCUCACCGGCUGGAGGUACAGCCCCCUCCCCUCAAUCCCAGCAGAUGUAGCAUGAGCCUCAACCUUGCGCUGUAACCUUUCAGCUGCCGUAGUCGUCCACACUGCCAAUUAACGAGGACCAACCAGCCUUGUGUCUCGCUAGUCCGUCCGCUUAAUGUGUUCGUUGUGCAAAGGAGAAAUCUGCCACCUUCAGCCUUGGGCCACAGCAUUGCUUUGCAGAUUUCCCCUAAAACAUUCAUCACCAGAGUGGUCAGCAGGGUUCAUCUCCGAACAUUCGGAGUGAGAGGAUUGUACCAGGUCAUCAGAUGAUCAUUUCUUGAUUAGUACGGGUGUCAGAGGUUAUGGGGAGAAGGCGGGAGAAUGUAGCUAGGAGGGAGAGUUAGAUCAGCCACGAUUGGAAUGGCGGAAGUAGACAAAAGUGCUGGAGAAACACAGCGGGUGCAGCAGCAUCUGUGGAGCGAAGGAAAUAGGCGACGUUUCAGGCCAAAACACUUCUUCAGAAUGGCAGAGUAGACUCGAUGGGCCGAAUGGCCUAAUUCUACUCCUAUCACUUAUUGCCCUUAUCAUCUUCACGUUCACCUUCUUCCUGCUCUGAAGAAAGGUCACAACCCGAAAGUCCAGAAUUAAAGGGCACUCUUUUCGAAAGGUGGUGAGGAGGAACUUCUUUAGUCAGAGGGUGGUGAAUCUGUGGAACUCAUUGCCCAGAGGGCUGUGGAGGCCAAGUCAGCGGAUAUUUUUGAGGCAGUGAUAGACAAAUUCAUGAUUAAAUGUGUAGGAAAGAACUGCAGAUGCUGGGCUAAAUCGAAAGGUGGACACAAAAUGCCGUUGUAGCUCAGCGGGACAGGCAGUAUCUCUGGAGAGAAGGAAUGGGUGACGUUCCAGCACCUUGUGUCUAUCACAGAACAGCACAGGAACAGUCCCUUCGGCCCACAAACCCCAUGCUGACCAUGCAGGCACUGAGUUACUCCAGCAAUUAGUGUCCAUCAUUGGUUUUGGAGGUUUGGCUGAGAUAAGCCACUGUAUUACCAUUGCCUUCUGAUAAUGGCUCCCUACCCUCCAACUUAGCAACUGCAAUCAAUAUGUUCAGACCAAAGAUCCUAUAGCGGAGCAAGAUAGACCACUCCUUCUAAAUGCAAUGGGCUGAUGUGUAGUACGCAACGGAGCGGAACGUGGGCCUUUUUAUCCAUCCAUUUCAGUAACCUGACCCGACUCAACCCGACCCGACCUGACCCGCAGUGUAAUCAACGUUGCGAGGAAACAGUUUGUGUUAAUAAAUUAUAAUUCUGAAAAUGAGGAG